GCCCAAACCGGAAGUGGCAACGGUGUGUCGGUGUAAUUGGUCCCCACUGUGGCGCAGUAAGGGACUGUUGUUUGCAAUGGCAGGAACGGCGCUGAAGCGGCUGAUGGCCGAGUACAAGCAAUUAACACUGAAUCCUCCUGAAGGAAUUGUUGCAGGACCAAUCAGCGAGGAGAACUUUUUUGAAUGGGAGGCCUUAAUCAUGGGUCCUGAGGACACAUGUUUCGAAGGUGGUGUGUUUCCAGCGAUACUAAGUUUUCCACAUGAUUACCCACUGAGUCCACCAAAAAUGCGUUUCACAGGAGAAAUGUUUCAUCCAAAUGUUUACCCCGAUGGAAGAGUUUGCAUCUCAAUUCUACAUGCGCCGGGUGACGACCCUAUGGGAUAUGAAAGCAGUGCAGAGCGAUGGAGUCCUGUUCAGAGUGUUGAGAAGAUUCUCCUGUCUGUUGUCAGCAUGCUGGCAGAGCCGAAUGAUGAAAGUGGGGCCAAUGUGGAUGCCUCGAAGAUGUGGCGAGAUGACCGGGUACAGUUCUGCAAAAUUGCCCAGCAAACUGUGCGAAAAUCCCUUGGUCUGUGAUUAGAAAGACCUUCAAUUGUCUGGGGAUCGUCUGCAAUAUUUAAUGGUUCUUUGCACAAUGCAGUUUAUUUUCUGCUAUGCAUAUCAGAGGAUAAAGUUAAGAUCAUCCUUUUUUCUUUGGUGUUAGGAUUUACUUGGCCUCCUGUUAAAACUUCACGAAACUGAGUAGCUUUUAUUCCUGAAAUAGUGUUGUUUUGUCUUCCAUUUUGGAUGCAGGUAGUUUGAAUUUACUUUGAACUGGAGGUAAAAAUAACUGCUGCAAAAAAAAAACAAUUGGUAACAUGAGUUUUGUUUCUCCUAAAUAUUGCUGUAAAUGGAGAAGGUAUGAUAUUUCUGUUGGACACCUCUGCUCAAUCCUGGAGACAGUGAUGGGAACCAAUUUGCUUCCUACUGUUUGAUUAAUCUGAAUGCAGGCAAUUUCAGAUGUAGGAACAAACUGGAUUUGUUUCCUCAUAUGAAGGAAGACUUCAAGUUUCUCUUGCCUGUUAGUGAUGAGUGAGGUAUGGUUUGACAUUAGUAGCAAUGGGAUAUAAUUUACCCCAAGUGAUGAUUCUAUUCUCCAGUUCCCAUCCAGAAUUUGCACAAAAAAUUAAACCAUCUGGUGGUUUUUAAGAUGGAUCUUUUCAUGGUGAAAAAUAUAUUUGCGCAAGAGAGCUUUAUGAAAUUAAAUGCAUGAAACUACAUGAAACAGCAAAUAUUUGGUGUAAAUCCCCUACAAACACUAAUGCCAUUUUUAGUACUUCUUUUACUACCAGCAGAGAAAUCUGAUGAUGUGGAGGUAUCUGCUUCCACUGGGUGUGGAUGAUGUAAGUGCGUGCGUGCACACAUACACAUGCAUUCUGAUGUGUUUAAUGAAUAUUAUGCUCUGCAUGAAACAACUGUGCUUCUACUUCAUAUCCUUGACAAGACUUAGACAAUACUCAGGCAAGUCCCAUUCAUGUCAAAGAAGUACCACACAAUCGGAGAAUGUAACCAUUCAGUGUGGCAUUACUGAACUUCUACCAUCAACAUCCUGAAGUGACCAUUAACCAGAAACUGCACUGGACUAGAACUGAAAUCCUGGCUACAAGUCAGAGGCUCAUAUCCUAUGCUGAUAGUCUUGGCCAACACCCCAAAUUAUUUUGGCCAUCUUUAAGAUGCAAUUUGGAACUAAGAUGAAAUGUACUCUACUUGGUGGUAGUUACAAAGCUGAAGUAGCUUGAUAGAGCAGCCCACAGAUUUACACCGCGUCCACCACUCCAAACAUUCCUUCCUUCCAUUAGUUGUGCACAAUGACACACACCAUCUUUAAAAUACUCUGUUGCUUAUUCAAAUUGCUCAAUAGUACUCCACCAAUGGGAGCAGACACAUAGGAAUGUCAUCACCUGCAGGUUCCCCUCCAAACUGCACGCUGUCCUCUCAGAAGUAUUAAGCCAUUCUAUCAUCUCUGAGUCAAACUGGAAUUUCUACCCUAACAACAUAGUGGCAGUAUCUUGCCUAGAGGGACUACAAUGGUUGAGAAGAUGAAUCUUUCUCAAGGGGAAUGAUGGCCUUGCCUCUAAGGCCCACAUUGUGAAAAAUGCAUUUUAGAAAAUUGCUUAAUGCUGUUUCCCACUUCCUCCUAGAAGUAACAGCAUGCCUACCUUACUACGUAAUAAAGAAGUUUCAUUGGAUAACUGAACGUUGUUGGUUGUAUUCCGAAUCUCAUUUUUGAGAAGAUGUGCCUCACUGUCACUUUCUCAAUUCGAUAGCAAAUUGUUUUGAUACUCUCUUCACAAACCACAACUAAUUCUGAAUACCUAGAUUUUUUCUGUCUGUUUCUUCCAUUUGAUGUGUAUACUGUGGUCAUUUGGUAGUGUACCAUUUGUUCCAUUAGAGCAGCCUGUAAUAGAAAGAUGGAAUAACUAUUUUACUCUAACACUGGGACUUUAGAGGUAAAAGAUUUUUGUUUUAAAAGCAAAGGCAACAAGCAUGCCGUCAUGUGCUUGGAAUAGCUUCCAGGCAGUGGUGAUGCUGGUUCUGAAUUAUCUAACGUACAAGUGACUGGUAGGUAUGGGACCACUCUCCAAUUCCCAAUCUGACUCCCAACACAAGUUGUAAAGAAUUACAGGUAAGUUGUAGCAUUAACACAUUGCAGCCCUUCAUAUUUCAUCUCUCCCUAUAGCCUUCUGAUGAUCAUGUCCUGCAAAUUCAUGUACAACUUAAUUAAAUGCAACUGUGCUCCUCUUCUCAACUGCAUAAGAUAGCAUGUUGUCCAUUUUGGAUAAAGGAAUUUCUUGUUAUAAUUAGUGUGCCAUGACAUUCUGCAGUUGGCCUAAGGCACGCUGAACCUGAAUGAAGUGAGUUUCGUUCUGCAACUUAACUGUCUCAUUAUUUCAGAUCUGUAUGUCUUCUAUUUCUCUGGUAGUGAAAUCUGUGCCCUUGAUGACCUAAAAUAUCAUAGCAAUAAUUAUUUUGUGUUGGUGCUGACAUUUAAAUCUUUCACUCUUUUCUUAUUUUCAGAGGCCACUUAGGCAGCACUUGGGCUUACUUGGCUGAGCAGUUGAAAAAUAAUGAAUGCACAAGUGGUAUGCGAUUCAGAGAUUGAAAUAUCAGGCAAUCAUUGUCGGAAUUCCAGUAUCAGAAAGUAAUAGAAUGACCACAAUUUACAGCUCAGCUUCAGUGAUGCUGAUAAUUGCUUGGAAUAACAUUAACAGCUGCAACCUGUAGACAGAUUCAUAGCAUAGAUUGAUGGAACAGGCAUUUGAAUCUGCAGAUUUAAUGGUUAGGAUUGUGAAUACAUUUUGCUCUCCAUAGUUCUAUGACUGAUCCAAGUUGUAAUGUGGGUUUUUUUAGGAUUAAUAACUGGAUCUCUACAGUUAUGCUUGAUAUAUUCUGGAACCUUUAUUCAGGUCAGUUGAUGGAAUUAAGAAAGAGUAUUUAUGCAAGCUAGCUUUGUAUAGUUCCAACAAAAAAAGGUUCUCCACUACAAAUUCCAGGUGCUCAGUGGGCUACAUUAUAUGUUAUUACCUUCGUGCUUGACUUCUUGUUUCACAGAAACAAGUCCUCUGAAAACGUGGACCACUUCCGUAUCUCUGAAGCCACCUUUCAAUGACAAUGGACGUCAGAGAUCUAAAUUCACCAUUGCUUCAAAUUGGCAACAGCCUUUGGUUGAUUUCAGGAAAAGGGAAUCUGAAGACCAGGGCUUCAGAUGUGGCACAAAAUGCACAGUACAGUGAGCUCAAGGAUUUAUGUCUUUAAGUAUUUCUGAGAUGUGGAUUAUGCAUAGCAGACACAUCAAGGCACUGGAAAAUUACCUCCAGUGUCUCCAAGUCUCUACCAAAACCUCUCAAAUUCACUAGAAGGAUAUGCAAAUCAACUUCUGUAUUCUUUCCCAGACCAAGGUCCACUGCAUCAUCUUGCAGGUCUUGAACUCAAUUCCCUAACUAAUGAAGGCCAAAACACCAUAAGCUAUGUAACCACCAUAUCAACUAGUAUGGCAACUUUGAGGGAUCUAUGAAUGUGGACCCCAAGAUCAUUCUGAUCCUCCAAACUGCUAAGAAUCCUACCAUCAACCCUUUACUCUGCUGCCUUGAAGUUUGACUUUCUUUGGAAAAUCCUACAAAAAGUAGUGGAUUCGGCACAGUCUGUCAUGGGUAAAGCCCUGUCAACCAUUGAGCACAUCUACAUGAAAUGCUGCCAUAGGAAAGCAGCAUCCAUCAGCAGCGGUCCCACCACGCAGGACGUGCUCUCUUCUCGCUGCUGCCAUCGAGACAAAGGUACAAGAGCCUCAGGACUUGCACUGCCAGGCUGAGGAACAGUUACUACCCUUCAACCAUCAGGCUCUUGAACAAAAAGGAAUAACUUUACUCAACUUUACUUGCACCAUCAUUGAAAGGCUCCCACUUUCAAGGACCCUUCAUUUCAUGUUAUUGAUAUUUAUUUAUAUUUACACUUCCACAGUUUGUUGACUCAGGUUGAAUGCUCAAGUUCAGUGGUCUUUCAUUGGUUCUCCUGUAGUUACUAUUCUGUAGAUUUGUUGAGUAUGCCCAUAAGAAAAUGAAUCUCAGGGUUGUAUCUGGUGAUAUUUAUGUAUUUUGAUAAAUACAGUUUACUUUGUACUCUGAACUUUGAGUGAAGGAGGAUGAGAAGUGGCUUGAUACAGGUGUAUAAAAUGAUAAGAGGCAUAGUUAGUGUGGACAGACAGAGACUUUUUCUCCAAGAUGGAAAUGGCUUAUGUGAAGGGGGCAUAAUUUUAAGGAGAUUGAUGGAAAGUAUAGGGGGGAGUGUUGGAGGUAGAGUUUUUUUACAUAGAUUUGUGGUUGUGUGGAAUGUGCAGCCAGGGUUGGGGAUAGAGACACAUUUCAGAGACGCUUAGGUAGACACAUGGAUGAAAAGAUGGAGGGAUAUGAGGGAGGAAAGCAUUAGAAUGAACUUAGAGUUUGUUAAAAGGUUGGUACAAAAUCGUGGUUCAAAGGGUCUGUAAUGUGCUGUAGUGUUCUAUGUUUUAUAUCAUGACGCACUGCAGAAGAAAUUCAAAGUCGAAAUUUACUGAAAUAACAGGAGAAAGGCAAAAUUUUAAUGCCGAGCUCACACAAAACAAAUUAAUAAUAAAUUCACUGGCCAACCAGAGUGGAGAACUUCACUCACCCCAACACUGAACUGAGUCCACAACCUGUGGACUCACUUUCAAGAACGCAACAGUUCAUCCUCUAAGUAUUAUUUAUCUGUUUGUUUAUUAUUAUUUCUUUUUGUAUUUACACAAUUUGCUGUUCUUUGCACAUUGGUUGUCCGUCUUUGUGUGCAGUUUUUCAUUGAUUCCAUUGUGUUUCUUUGUAUUUACUGUGAAUGCCUGCAAGAAACUAAAUAUUAGCGUAGUAUAUGGUGACACGUGUUUUGAUGAAUAAGUGUACUUUGAACUUUGAAAUACAUAACAUCAAAAUGUUUUGAUGUUAUUCCAUGUCAUGUAAAAGUGCUAUUAAUAUCAAGUAAGUUUCAGGGAAGCAGGAACUGUGUUUUCCCACUCCAUCAGGAAGGCAAAAUGGGAGCGUUCUCAGAGAACUUACAACCAUUGUCGUGUCUCUGUAACAUCAGAGACACAAGGCACAUGUAGCAGAGAAUUCAGAGGAUUACAGACUACAAGUCUACCCUGCCUGUUAGCAACCAGGGUGUCUCGCUCACCAACAGGCUGAAUGUCCCUGACACCCGGUUUGAUGCACAGAACAAAGUGCUGGCGAGGAAGGCACCCCUUCCCACCCCCACCCCCAGAGGAGCAGACAGACCUUCCAGCUGGCUGAAACUGAGGUGAGGAAGACCUUGGCCACAAUCAACCUAUGCAAAGCUAUGGAGUCCGAUAACAUACCAGAUCGAGUUCUGAAAAACUGCAGCCCAGCUAACUGAGGUGCUGCUGAUAUAUUCCACCUCUCUCUAGAACAGGUGAUUGUCCCCUUGGUUUACAAGGCAGCGACCAUCAUUGCAGUGCCAGAGAAGGUGACAGUAACCUACCUAAAUGACAAUUGUCCUGUGGCAUUAACAUCAACUAUUAUGAAAUGCUUUGAGUGCUUGUCAUGGGGUGUAAUAAAGCUUUUCCCUCGGCUACGUAGGACCCCUACCAGUUUGCUUAUCACUCAGAUCGAACUACUGAUGAUGCCAUAGCCUUUGCCCUCCACUCUGUCUAGUCCCACCUCGAAAAUGGGGUCUCAUAUGUCAGGUUGCUGUUUAUAGACUUGAGUCCGGUGUUUAACAUCAUACCCCGGAAACUGGUGGGGAAACUGUUCUCGAUAGGUCUCAAUGCCUCUCUCUGUAACUAGAUCCUGGAAUUAUUACCAGAAAGGCCACAGUCAGAAUGUGUGGCCAGCAAAGUCUCUAGUCGCAUUAUACUGAGCAUUGGUGCUCCCCAGGUUGUGAGCUCAGCCUGUUGCUGAUGCAUGACUGUCGCAGGAGUCAGCUAAUGUCGUACCAUCAAGUUUGCAGAUGACCCAACAGUGGCAGGCCUCAUCAAUAACGGUUAUGAGUCAGAGUACAGAGAGAAAGUGGAGCAGCUGGAACAACCUCCGUCUGAACCAAGGAAAUGAGAGAGUUAAAUGCACCAAGUUCCUGGGAGUUGGCAUCACGGACUACCUCACCUGGUUCCUCAAUUUCACCUCCCUGAAUAAGAAGGCACAGUAGCACCUCUACUUCCUGAGGAGAUUGAGGCAAGUGAGAUCUCUUCCACCCCCACCCCCCCAUUCCUCAUCUUAACUAAAUUUUGCAGUAGCACCAUUGACAGCAUCCUGACAAACUGCAUCUCCAUCUGGUAUGGGAGCAACAGAGCAUCAGACGAGAAGACCAUACAAAGGACUGUGAGAACAGCAGAGAGGAUCAUAGGGGUCUCUCUACAAUCCAUAGGGGAUAUUUAUCAGAAGCACUGCAUACCCAGAACCCUUAGCAUUAAGGAUCUCACCCAUCCAUCGAGCAUUGUCUUUGACUUACUGCCAUCACGCAGGAGACUCCAGUGCAUUAAGACAAGAUUAGUCAGAGUGGGAAACUGUUUCCUCCCUCAGGCCAUUAGGCUUCUGAACUCCCGCCACGUCACACUUGAAGUGUCACCAGAUAAUUCAUACUGUACCCUACAAUAUUUAAUUUAUGCACUUUACUUUGUUUAUGCAUAAUUAAUUUGUAGAUUUAAUGGUUAUUUUCCCAAGUUAUUGUGUGGUAUACUGUAUGUGUAAUGUGUGCUUUACAUCCUGGUAGAGAAAUGUGGUUUGACAGUAUACAGGUACUGUAUAUAGUUAAAUGACAAUAAACUUGAGUUGACUUGUU